AUGAAUUUUCACCAAGUCCGUUAAAUUUUGACGAGAUGGUGCCUUUCCAAGAAACCCAAUGCGGUUGCACAGCCAACUACUUGGGUCCUUCCCUUCUAGACGUAUGUGCAGGAAGUGCUUUCCUAGUGUUCAUGACUCUGGUAGAAAGCGUCAUAAGAGACACCUGUACUAUCUCCGAAAUCUGCGAGCGUAUAACACCAACCCUGAUCCCCGAAGAAGAAUAUGACUUCGUCGUGAUCGGAGGAGGAAGCGGUGGAGCUGCGGUAGCAGGAAGAUUGUCAGAAGUUUCUGAUUGGAAGGUAUUGCUGAUAGAAGCAGGGAUAGACGAACCUCCCGCUACUCAGGUACCCAUGUACAUGAUGAUCUUCAGCAACGACCAGUUCUCUGACUGGCACUACAAGACCGAACCGGAACCACAAGCUUGUCUAGGUAACGAAGAUCAAAGAUGUUCUUGGCCUAGGAGUAAAAUACUCGGAGGAUGCAGCGUCAUUAACGGUAUGAUGCAUACAAGAGGUACUCCUGCUGAUUUUGACAGUUGGACCGCUGCUGGGAAUGAAGGAUGGAGCUACGAAGAUGUCUUACCGUGGUAUAAGUACUUUGAAAACAAUCUUCAGGUUGGCACGCUUGUUGAUUCAAAAUAUCAUGGAACUGGAGGAGCUGUAACAGUGUCUAGGUUCAACAACCAGCCCGACUUGGCCUGGGAUAUCUUGAAGGCCGCUGAAGAAGUUGGACUACCUCUGUCGGAUGAUGUUGAUGGGGAGAAACCUACUGGUUUCGUUAUUGCACAGGCGGUUAAUAAGGAUGGCGUUCGCUUAAGUUCAGCCCGCGCUUUCCUCAGACCAGCUAGAAAUCGCGCUAAUCUGAACGUUAUGUUAAACUCUACCGCCACCAGAAUCCUAGUCAGUGUCGAUGGAGACACCAAGAAAGCAACCGGCGUAGAAUUCGUUUACAACAACGUAACUUACACCGUUAAAGUGAACAAAGAAAUUGUUCUAUCAGCCGGCACCAUCAAUUCUCCUCAAGUCCUUUUACUUUCCGGAAUCGGACCCAAGGAGGUGUUGGAUGAGGUCGGAAUCGAGCAAGUUCACGAACUUCCUGGUGUGGGACGGAAUUUAUCCAACCAUGUCUCCUUUAGUCUUACGUAUGAUUUAACUAAUGUUCCGAAAACGAACAUUCUUAGUAUGGACGCGCUUUUGGAAUAUGUUGAGAAUAGGCAAGGCCCACUGUCCUCCACAGGAAUGUCUCAGGUCACUGCCAGGCUCAACUCAAAAUACGCCGAUCCCAGCGGCAAAGAUCCAGACAUCCAGCUAUUCUUCGGGGGCUAUACCCAAAGGUGUAGUCAAAACUCAUCAGCGGACGCUCCUCAAGAUCCCUCAGAUCCAGAUGCCACGAGAACUUUGUCGAUUUCUCCCGUAAAUCUGCACCCCGAGAGUAGGGGAUACGUCUCCCUAAGAUCCAGCGAUCCUUUCGAGGCUCCAAUAAUGGUCGCUAAUUAUUUGACGGCGCCAGGUGACAUCGAUGUCCUAGUCGAGGGUAUCAGGAUCAUCCAGAAUCUUACAAGUAGCGAUACUUUGGUAACCAAGUACGGUAUACGGCUUCAAGAGACAACUUACGGAGAUUGUGCUGAGUUGAACGAUUACGACUCUGACGAUUUCUGGAAAUGCGCCCUACGUUAUUCCACAGGCCCCGAGAACCACCAGGCCAGUUCUUGUAGGAUGGGACCUUCCUCUGACGAGUACGCCGUGGUAGACAAUCAGCUGCGCGUUUACGGUAUAGACGGUUUGAGGAUCGCUGAUGCUUCAGUCAUGCCCAAAGUGGUAUCGGGAAAUACACACGCUACCGUUGUGAUGAUCGCCGAGAGAACUGUUGAUUUUAUAAAAAGUACUUGGUUGUAAAACACGCAUUUGUGAUAGUACUAGAAACAGUUUUCAAUUCAAUAAUAUAUUUUAUAGCUGAACCGAUUCUAAGAAGCUGGCAUUAAUAAAUUCUUUUAACAACA